CUGCAGACCUCCCUCCGGGAUCAUGUGGUACGUCAGCACUCGGGGUGCGGCGCCGCGGGUCAACUUUGAGGGGGCCCUCUUCUCCGGCUAUGCGCCUGAUGGGGGCCUCUUCAUGCCUGAGGCGCUCCCGCAGCUGGACAGAGACACCCUAUGCCAGUGGAGCACGUUCUCCUACCCCAGCCUGGUGAAGGAGCUGUGUGCCCUCUUCAUCGGCUAUGAGCUCAUUCCCAGAGGCCGCUUGGAUGACCUGAUCGACCGCGCCUUCAGCAGAUUCCGCCACAGAGAAGUGGUCCAUCUGUCCAGGCUGAGGGACGGGCUGAACGUGUUGGAGCUAUGGCACGGAGCCACAUAUGCGUUUAAGGACCUGUCCCUGUGUUGCACAGCUCAGUUCCUGCAGUACUUCCUGGAGAAGAAGUCGAGGCACGUCACUGUGGUCGUAGGAACGUCCGGAGACACAGGGAGUGCCGCCAUUGAGAGCGUCCGAGGGGCAAAGAACGUGGACAUUAUUGUGCUGCUGCCCCAAGGCCACUGCUCGAGGAUCCAGGAGCUCCAGAUGACAACGGUGCUGAGCGAAAACAUCCGUGUGUUUGGAGUGGAAGGAAACAGCGAUGAGCUGGAUGAGCCCAUCAAGGCUGUGUUUGCUGAUACGGCUUUUGUCAAGAAGCAUAACCUGAUGAGCCUCAACUCCAUCAACUGGUCCCGGGUGCUGGUGCAAAUGGCUCACUACUUCUUCGCCUACUUCCAGUGUGUGUCCUCCUUGGAUGCACACCCCCUGCCUCCCGUGGAGGUGGUCGUGCCGACAGGGGCAGCUGGCAACCUUGCAGCCGGGUGCAUCGCUCAGAAGAUGGGCCUGCCCAUCCGCCUGGUGGUGGCCGUGAACCGCAAUGACAUCAUCCACAGGACUGUCCGGCAGGGAGACUUCUCUCUGUCGGAGGCCGUGAAGCCAACCUUGGCCUCAGCUAUGGACAUCCAGGUGCCCUACAACAUGGAGAGGAUCUUCUGGCUGCUCUCUGGCGCUGACGGCCAAGUGACAAGAGCCCUCAUGGAGCGGUUUGAACAGACUCAAAGACUGAGUCUGCCCCAGGACCUGCACAGCAAGCUUUCAGAGGUGGUGACGUCGGAGUCUGUGUCGGACCAGGCCAUCCUCCAGACCAUGGGCCGCUGCUGGGAUGAUAACCAGUACUUGCUGUGCCCCCACUCUGCUGUGGCCGUGAGCUGCCACUACCAGCAGGUGGACAGGCAGCAGCCCAGUGCUCCUCGGUGCUGCCUGGCCCCCGCCUCUGCCGCCAAGUUCCCGGAAGCUGUCCUGGCCGCUGGCCUGACCCCCGAGACUCCUGCCGAGAUCCGAGCCCUGGAGCGCAAGGAGGCACGCUGCACCCCGAUGCGGAGAGGCGACGACUGGACGCGGAUGCUUCGGGAUGCCAUCGAGGACCUGAGCCGGCGGUGGAGGGACUGCACCCCAUGCACCUCGGAAUAGCCCACCUGGAGUUGGUGUCCUGGAGACUUCGGGCCCCAGGGUGGCGUGCCCUGGGAGCUGCCUCCUGCAACCUCUCCCCACUGAGGGUUGGCUAGGAGUUCUCAGGG